AUGUUUGCUGCUCGUGUUGAAGAUGGAGAUGAAGGAAUUCCACCAGCACCUCGUGGUGUUCCUCGGUUCACAGUAUGCUUUAACAUAGAUGCCGAUGGUAUAUUGACUGAGGUCGAGAGAUUGGCUCGAGAGGCUGAGAGAUACAAGUUAGAGGAUGAAGAAAACAAGAAGAAGGUGGAGUUAAGGAACUCAUUUGAGGAAUACAUAAAAGACAUGAGGAAUGCAAUCUGUGACAAGCGACCACCGGUUGGUAAAUCGAAGAUCGAUGCUGCGGUCAACAAGGCCUCCCAGUGGUUGGAUAGCAAUGAAUUAGGUGAUUUGGAGGAAAUCAGGGACCAGAUGCAGGAAUUUGAAAAUGUAUGCAGACCUAUCAUAAAGAGAAUGAAAUGGACAAGACCCUUAAGUUUGACCUGUGCACAAGCAGUCAAGCAGUAG